GUCAUUGGGGAAGUACGAUGCUGGAGUGGACUGGUGGUCAUUCGGGGUCAUCAUGUACGAAAUGGCCACCGGCAGACAGCCAUUUGCCCCAUCACUGGUUUCUGCACAGGAGUUGUUUGAGAUUAAGGAGAGGAAGCUUGAAUACCCGCGUCACAUGAGCCAGGAAAUGCUGGACCUUCUGCCAAAGCUUCUGGAGAUGAACAAGAGCAAACGCUUAGGAGUAAAUGGCAACAUCAGGAAGCACUCAUUCUAUGCCAGAAUCAACUGGAGUGAGCUGGAAAACAGAAAAAUAAAGGCACCUUUCCAGCCCAAAAUUCCACCAGCAGAUAAAUUACCAGUCAUACAUCCAGGAUUCUGCGCUGAGACAUCUAAGAGAGCUAAUGUGGAAGGCUUCUCCGAUGUGGAUUCCAACUGGAAAUGGCAGGAGUAAAGUGUUUUCUGUGCUCAUGUGGACUAAUCUCAAACUGCCUGUAUAGCAAGUGAUGACAGCAACGUACCAUCCAUGGCCAAUUCCAUCAAUGAACAUCAGAUCUGCCGUCUACUGUCUACUGCAAGUGUACAAGUGUCUGUCUGUACAGCCAACUACACCAACACCACAUGGGAUCCUUGACAGAAGGUAGAAAGAACUCGAGGCAUAGUGCACACAAUACAUCACAGGAGGCCCCACCAGAAGAAAGGAAUAGCUGCAGUCCGGACUUUCUAAAUGGACUUUCUCACAGACCCUUGGAUAAGGGUAAAAAUGUAUACUGAACAUACAGUGCACUUAUGGUAAUCCAGUGCACUGUUAAUUAACAACGUUCAGUAUACUUCAGUUUCUUUAUAUAAGGUAAGGUUUAGGGGUAAGUAUAGCAUUAAGUAAGUUUACUUCCUUUUCUAACUUCCAUGCCAUUGUUUUACUGUUUUCUUAUAGAUAGGAUGUUAUAUAGAAAUAGAAAUGUUAGGAUUCCUUC